UCUUCUGUAUGUGAUCUGUUAUGAUCUGCAUGGUGUCGACUGUUGUCUAUGUCGUGUAAAAUAUUAUUGUUUAUAGUAGCAAUUAACAAAUUUAUAUUAUUAUUGCUAAAAUAAUAAUAUUAUCAAAGUGUAGCAAUUAUCUCACACUAGGAAUUAACAUCCAAUUAUAUAGGAGUGAAUAACAGAGAGUUAAGACGGUUUUGAAAGUUGGAAAGAUGAGCCUCUCGGAUGAUGAUGAAGUGGGGGGGAAUAAUGUGAGAGAGACAGAUGACCGACCAAUGAAGAAAGCAAGAUAUGUUUGGCAGAUAAAGGGUCGCUAUCAUUUCAACCAGAAUAGACAUGGCGUGUGCAAGGAUGGUUGUUCAUCAUCGGCGAGCUCAUCAGCGGUUGAGCGCAAACAGGAGGUGUGGCAGACCCGGCAGAUGGCCAAGGCGGUCGUCGACAACACCGUGAAUCGAGUCAUUGAAGACGGCGGUCUGUCAGCGUAUGCCAGCGAUGCUAACGACUGGGUGGACCACUCAUUCGCCACCCGCGACUCGGCCAAUCUCGAAAAUGCUGCUGUAAUGAUGGCAAUCCAAUCACACGGAUUGCAACAGCCGCAGCAAUGCACUUGUCCUCCCUCACAACCGACCUCCGCAAGACUGCAAGUCAGUCUCCCCUUUCACCAUCGGCCCAGUUCAUCACAAACCAUCACAUCAUCUCCACUAGAUGAAUCAUCAAUUGUGGAUGCUGGAAAAUCAGUUUCUAAUUCUACAUCAUUUACAGCAUCUGUAACUUAUGAGAAAUCACUUCCAAAUGCAGCGAAAUUGUCAACAACUUCUGUUCAAAAUACAACAACAUUGUUGCCAUCUUCAACAACAUCUGUUCAAAAUACAGCAACAUUGCUGCCAACUCCAACAUCUACUCAAAAUACAGCAACAUUGUUGCCAUCUUCAACAUCUGUUCAAGAUAAAGCAACAUUGUUAUCAUCUUCAGCAACAUCUGUUCAAAAUACAGUAACGUUGUUGCCGUCUUCAACAUCUGUUCAAGAUACAGCAACAUUGUUACCAUCUUCAGCAACAUCUGUUCAAGAUACAGUAACGUUGUUGCCAUCUUUAACAUCUGUUCAAGAUACAGCAACAUUGUUAUCAUCUUCAGCAACAUCUGUUCAAGAUACAGCAACAGUGUUGCCAUCUUCAACAUCAGUGGCGACUAGAGCAACGUUGCUUCCAACUUCAACGCCAUCUGUUCAAGAUACAGCAACAUUGUUGCCAUCUUCUACAACAUCAGACUUGAAUGCAGCAGGAACAAAAACAUCUGAAACAUCAUCUGUGUCAAGUGAACCAUCAGAAUUCCUGUCAGAGUCCCCAACAACAACAAAAUCAAAUUCAACGUCUUCCGAUCAGAAAAUAGACAGCAGAAUGACUCAGUCUUCGUUUGAGUUUGACUUCUUUGAACAAGCGGUAGCGACGGCCAUUUUGAAAAAAGGCCUCAUCACGACCACUUCCGGUUCCGGUCUUGGUCCGACCACUUUCAGUUCCGGUCUUGGGUGAGCUACCAUUUCCGGUUCCGGUCUUGGGAUAACCUUUUCCGGUUCUGGUCGUGGUUAAACAUUCAAACAUUCUGGCCCGGUUGCACAAAAGCCGGUUAAAUUUCAACCGUGAUUAAUUUUUUUUUUAAAUUAAUAAACCUAUUUCGGACUAUGUGUAACCUUAUCUAAAUUUGGGAGAGGAAUAGCACAAGGUUACCUUAUUUUUUCUCUCCCUAUCAUUUUUGAUUAUGUAAUUAUUGUAUGAAUAAACUAAGAAUCAAAUAAUAAUUUAAUGAGAACCUAUAAGAGAAGGCCCUUUUGAUAAGACGGCUUCUCUGAUUGGUUCUCUUGGAAUUAAUCCCGGUUAAAAUUUAACCGGCUUUUGUGCAACCGACACUCUGUAUUUUCAUAAUAUUUUGCUGCUUUCAAAAUUGUUACCGUGCAAUUAUUGUAUCAUCAAUGUGUGUUUGUGAUGACAAAGAGUAGGAAUUUGUAGGGCCGGUUUCCGAGCUCGCGAUUCAGCUAAGUUCUAGACUGUAAACAGCUGGAGUCAGAAAAUUGGCUUUCUGAAACGGA